UUAUAGGACCCUGUCUGGCUCACUGGCUGACUGACUGACUGACUGACAGUCUGGCCGGUUUGUGAAGAGUGUCCCUCUUGAGGAGUGCUCUCCUGUUACUCUCUCUUAUACACUUUAUCUGUUCCUCUCUCUCUGUUACUCUGUGAUACUCUCACUGUGUUACUCUCUCUCCCCCUCUGUUACUCUCUCUCCGUUGCUCUCUGUUGCGCUCUCUCUCUCUCUCUGUCUCUCUCCCUCUCCCUCUCUCUGACUCUGUGUCCCUUUGCCCCUCUCCCUCCUACUCUCCUCCCUGGAGAGUGAGAGCGAGGAGAUUGGGAAGGUGUGCCUCAGACGCACUUCUGGACGGCCCGAAAGCAGAGCAGAAAGGAUUUUUCCAAGCCCACUCUCUCUCUCUCUCUCACUCACUCACUCACUCACUUACUCUCUCUUACUCACAAACACGCACACACACUCACUCUCUAUUUCUCUCUCUGUCUCUCCCACUGUAGAAUUGUUCCCUCUCAUUCUCCUCAAGAUCUCUCUGCUUAUGGACUAUUUGGUUGAAAACUAUUUUGAGAGAAGAGAAGACGUGUCGCUCUGCCACGGGUUUUCUGUCGCCGUGUGCUUGGCUGCGGGGUGUUUUGGCCUUGUUUGUGUGUUUGUUUGUGCUUUACCCCUGCACAUGUGAGCCUUCACCGGACCCGAGGGAUCCGUCUCCAAGUUCUGUGUGCGUUCCUGAGAUCUCCAAUCUACUUUUUUCCCUUUCGAAUCCAUUUGUUUUGUUAUUUUGAACUUCAGGUUUUUGAUGGUGCAUAUUUCGUUUUUGGCUGCAUGCUUUUUUUGAAUUUCUGAUGCCAUCACAUUCCACGGGAGAGCUGCGUGGCUGAAACAAGCCGGUGAAGACCCACGUGAAGCUCACACCUUCUGCCGACCGACCUCCCCCCCUCCCCCUUCCCCCCGUCCCAUCUCGACCGCCACCUGCUCUCAAGUUCUUUGUGUGUGACUCGUGGACCCUGGGAGGCCUGUGACCAUGAUGUUUGCUCCUGUCUGUCUGCUGCUGCUGCUGGGGGAGCGUGCGCUGGGUGGUGGCUACCCCCCAAUGCCACAGAUGAAGUACAUGCAGCCCAUGAUGAAAGGGCCCAUCGGACCCCCCUUCCGAGAGGGCAAAGGGCAUUAUGUUGAUAUGCCGCCAAUGAUGGAAGUGAAGGGGGAACCAGGCCCUCAAGGGAAGCCUGGACCAAGAGGACCUCCAGGACAAUCAGGACUUCCAGGAAAACCAGGACUGGGUAAACCCGGUCUCAACGGGCCUGUUGGUCCACAGGGUCCACCAGGAUUUCCAGGAAAUGGCAAGCCCGGACUUUCAGGCCUCCCAGGGAAGGUUGGUCAGAAGGGGAUGCCAGGUCUCAAUGGUGAGGUUGGCCCUCGUGGUGAACCAGGAUCCAGAGGUCUACCUGGGCAGCCUGGCUUUCCUGGCCCAGCUGGUCUGUCUCUAAAUGGGAAACCAGGGCCUUCUGGCAUCAGAGGACCCCCUGGUACGCGUGGGGAGCCAGGGCUAAAGGGAGGCCCUGGCAAUCCAGGCGAGCGUGGACUCAAGGGGGAGAAUGGAAUUGGGAAGCCAGGACUUCCCGGUAUAAGGGGCCCUCCGGGACUUAAGGGAAGCGCAGGACCUCCCGGUGUACCAGGCAUGGGAAAACCAGGACCAAAUGGGUUGCCAGGUCAGCCAGGCCCUAAAGGUGAACUAGGAAUUCUAGGGAACCAAGGAGAGCCAGGAGAGGCCGGUACUCCGGGAUUGCAGGGUCAACCAGGGCCUACGGGGCUGGGGAAGCCUGGUUUAGAUGGGUUACCUGGAGUCCAAGGUCCAGUUGGGUCAAAGGGGGAACCAGGGCUAAGAGGUUCUCCUGGAUUUUCUGGGGCCCCUGGCUACGGUAAGCCUGGACCAUCUGGGCCAAAGGGAGACAAAGGGCAUAGUGGGUUGCCCGGGAAUCAUGGGGACAAAGGAGAAGCAGGAAUGGAGGGUCAACCGGGGAACUCAGGUAAUGAUGGACAACCAGGACCUCCAGGACUUCAGGGCCCCAUGGGGCUGCCAGGAAAACAUGGUAUGCCUGGACUUAAAGGAGAAGUUGGCCCCCAGGGGCCUCCGGGCCUACCUGGCCUAAGAGGCGAUCAAGGACCCAAUGGACUCCCGGGAAAAUAUGGCGUUCCAGGGGAAAAAGGACUUCCUGGUCCUAAUGGAGCAAUUGGUAAACCAGGACCUAAAGGCGAGGCAGGACAUAUUGGCUUACCUGGAAAUCCAGGUCUUACAGGUGCACCAGGAAGUAAAGGUGAGACAGGGUUCAUGGGGGCCCCAGGAUCUAGGGGUCAGUCCGGUAUUCCUGGUCUGCAGGGGCCAUUAGGUCCGAUGGGACCUCAGGGUGUCCCAGGAAUUAAAGGUGAUUCUGGGAUGCCAGGAGUUCCAGGGUUUGGUAAAGUGGGAGAGAAGGGAACUUCAGGUCCCCAAGGUCCUCCAGGGAAACCAGGGAACAGUGGACUUAACGGCCAUCCGGGUGUUGCUGGUCCCCCAGGGCCACCUGGUCCACCAGGAAACGGCCAAACGGUUGUGGCAGGACCAUCCGAUACAGAGAUUGAAGGUGGCGAGGUACCAGGGGACAAAAGGAAGCCUGUGUAUAGCUUUGGUGCGCUCUCUGCCUCUGUGGCACCUGCCUUCACCGCUAUACUGUCAACACCUUUCCCUCCUUCCGGAAUGCCAAUCAAGUUUGACAGGACCCUGUACAAUGGGCAAAACGCAUACAACACUGCCACCGGCAUGUUCACCGCCCCGAUGUCUGGUGUCUUCUACUUUGCCUACCACAUGCAUGUAAAGGGAACCAGCCUUUGGGUGGCACUGUACAAGAACAAUGUGCCAGCCACCUACACCUAUGACGAAUACAAGAAGGGCUACAUGGACCAGGCCUCUGGUAGUGCGGUGCUAGAGCUGAAGGAGGGGGACCAGGUAUGGGUCCAAAUGCCCUCGGAUCAGGCCAACGGCCUGUACUCCACAGAGUACAUCCACUCCUCUUUCUCAGGAUUCCUACUCUGUCCAACAUAACUUAUUUUUUCCAAUGAUAGGCCCAUGAAUUGGUAUCUCAGAAGAAGAGCCCCACAUCUAAAAUAAACCAAGAGUCAGGGUCAAACAAAACAACAAGAGUACAUUUUACAUUGGUAUGCCAUUAUGUACAUUGGCAUUACCCACAACAACGUUAACAAAAUAAAAAAUAAAGAAACUUUGUGACAAACACAACGGAGAGAGAUAAAAGGCAGGCGAAAGAUAUUCAUGCUGUGUUCUGUGUUGCCUUGAAUUGUUUUAGUUUUUUUUAUGUUGUUGCUGUUUUUUAGCUCAUAUAAUUAUUGUGUUAUAAAUUUAUUGAAUUUAUUUGUUCUUAUCAGCAUUAAUGUGUUUUUGUUGUUCAUCUGAUUCCGAAUUUUAAGUAAGUAGCUUACUUUGCAACUUGUAAGCAACAGGCCUACCCAUGUGACUGCACAUCACGCCCAUAUGCUCUGACACCAAGAGGAUUACAUUAACAGAACUUUUGGGCCGGAAAAACUCUGCUGCAUGCAGUCACUUCAAACAUAAAAUUCAGUUAAUGGCAGAUAUUACACAGCAGUGAACAUAUACAACACAGAAAGCAGUAAACAUAUAUGAAAUUCACACAUAACGCAUAAGUUAAUGUCAAUAUUAAAUUACUAUUCAUUUUUGUGAUUAUUCUUUGUGGAAUUGACAGAAGGAACUUCUCUUUAUUUUUUAAAGAAGUACCUGAUGUCACCUUGGUGUAUGUUGGAUGUGUGUGUUACAUUCAGGCCUGCUUUCCUUUGUCAAAUAUCGGUUACCACCAUUAGUAUAAAAUGUGUUUCUUUUCCAACUAUUUUUCUGUUAGUACAACUACAAUCAAAUGGCAGUUUUUUAAAAGCUUUACCAUUUAUUUCCUCAUGCUCAUUCAGUGAUGAGUAAUUCAGUAAUUAUUCCAAUUCCCUCAUCACCAAAACCCAGCAUAUGCUGUCACCUAGCGUCACCUUCAGCCGUAACCAUGACAUCACUGUUUUUUAAUUUGAAAAGAGCCAUUGAGGUUUCAGUGUCAUGCUGCCCUUCCCAAAAAGGCACUCUUUCCGAUCAAUCAGUGGGGGGGGGGGGGUGAGGGUUCUGGUCACCCUGAUCUCAUUCCUUCUAAAUAGCCAUUGUAACAAAUUCCCUACAGACAUGGAGAGGAAGUUUUUUUCAGCUUGAUGGGACAUACUUUGAGGUGCACAUAUAUUAAUGCAACCUACAUGAAGGGAGCUAGUGAUGCUAAAUUCAUGUGAGGUAGUGAGACAGAGGCAUACAUUAUGUCUUUGUGCAAUUCUACCGGUUUGAGGUUCACACUCUGUGUCUGUGUGUGUGGGUGCUCACCAUCAAGGAUUAUCAUUCUAAACUCAAGAGAUGUCCCAAGUGCUUAACAUUUAGUCAAUGCUCCACCAGACCUAUAGUCUUAACAUGUUCUGCUUUUUGUUUAAGUUAACUGUGAUGAUCUUCAAAAAGGUGUAAUAUCUUUCCACAAUAAUCUUUGUUAUACAAAGCAACCUGGAUAUAAAUUCUCGAACUUGACCAUGGUCUGCUAUGAAUCACGGUGAAGGUGAUGGUCAUGAUGAUAGAUGCUACUUUAAAAUAGCAAUAUGCAUUUAAUUAAGGAUAACUUCAAAGGUGAAAUAUCAGUGUACUCUAUGAAGAAUAUUGAUUGAUUGACACUUAUACCUGAAUGGGAACUACACACUAUUCUUUAAAUUCAAUCACAGUCCACAAGAUUAUUUAACGCUCUCACACACACACACACACACACACACACACUGGCGUACAAAGCAAACAAUGGGUUUAGUCCUGCCAUAUCUGUCUCCUAACAUGCACACACACACACACA